CCAUAACAUUUCUCAUCAAAUGGAUGGACUCUCAAUACAGAAUGUGACAUGUCAGGUGUUUAAUGCAGCCGUUGAAACACCCUACGAAGUGCACGGCAUUCUAUGUAACGUGGAGAAAGAUAACUGGCCCAUGCUAACAGUUCCUGAAGUCCUUGACGGAGAAAGCUCGACAACAAUCUGUGAAGUGCGCGAUGCUAUCCCAGCUCCGUUAAUAGAAAUACGUGUUGGCAACGUCUUGCUAUCUGAUGUUCAACAAACCGAUUCAUUUUAUGAAAUUUCCCAUACGUUUACUAGCAUAGCAACGGUGACAAAGACUAACAGGGAUUGGAAUGGAAAAGAAAUGUGCUGCGUUAGGAAAUGCAAAGCAGAUUUUGGUCUUAAAGAUGUUUCAGUAUGCAAAAACAUCAGCUUCAGAUAUCCACCGACGGACCUUUCGAUGUCCGUGAACGCAAUACAUAAAUAUAGCAACAAUGUUUCUGUCUGUUUCUUUAAUAUGUCUUGUAAAACGGAUGAAUCAAAUCCGCCUUGCAAAAUUAAAUGGUCAAGCGACAUCGAUAGUUUGAUAUACGUUCAUAGAAACGAUUGGACGAAUGGUGAAAGUGGUAGUUACCGUUCUAUUUCCAACGUGCGUUACAAUGUAGCUAAAGACAUGGCUGGGGGAACUAUUACAUGUUCAACAAGAUGCGAUCAUUUCCAAUUUCGUUUAAACAAAAACUAUAAGAUAUCGUUUUCUGAUGUUCCGACUCUGUAUUUGAACACGACAUCGCCUGUUGUUUUACAUCCAAAUAUUACAGUGACCGUCAAAUGUUUCGUUGAUGACAUGAAUAAUUUAGGGCAAUGGAAUCUUUGGUGGGAAAAUGAAAAUAGCACUGAAAUAGAGGCUUGUAUCAAAGCAGAGGAAUGCCUGUUAACAUUGAAUUAUACAGGAAAUGGUGAUAAGACGUACAUAUGCAACGCUUGGAAAUCAAAUGAGCUUCUGAGAAAUUCUUUGACAGUUUCAAGCUCAAUGACAGAUGAGGCAACAACCAACCCUGAACUAGUUGUACCCCAACAGUGGCAUUUGGUCCUUUACGUGGUAGCUGGAAUACUUCUAGUUUACUUGUAACCACGUUUACAGUGUUUCUCUUUCGUAGAUGCAAACCUCAUGUGUAUGAGAAGCCAUUACGCCCAAGAAGAACAGCAGUUAGAGAGCAAAGUAUGCAUGUGUAUGAUGUUGUUCAGUCUGAUGUGGAGACAACUGCCCUUCACAAUCUAAGAGGAGUGUCUGCAAGUGCUAUCGAGAUCGAACAUGUACCAUCAUUCGUGGAUAUGGAAGAAAACGCAGUCCGUUCGUACGAAAAUGUUAUCCACUACGAGUAUGUGGACACAACACCCGACCACAGAGACCGUCUGACAAACGCACCCGAUGAAAACUAUAUUCACGCUAUAUAAAGUUUUUUGAGUAUCCGAUCAGAUUUUUGUAAUUUGGAAUUGUCAUAAUAAUAGUUUUGCUUACAGUCUUAGUGCGUUUAUUGUUAGAACGUGUUUAUCUGAAUUGUUCUUUAUUGUGUGUUCUUGUAUGUUGCUAUAAUAGUUUUGCAGUUAUACACGUGUAUAUAUUAAU